CAUAUUUACUCCUCUUCUCCCUCGAUUUGCCCUUCUGUCUUCUUAUAGGGUUUUCAUUAUUUCUCUCUUUUCAUAUCAAACCAAACCAAAUCCAAUCUCCUCUCCUCCCAACUCAUACUAACAAACCCUCUCUUCAAUAUUAAUUAAUAUUCGAAUUUCCAGCGCUUCGAUGGAGGAGGGAGACAGCGGCAGAAUUCCGGUGAUCAAGAUCAAAAUCCCGAAGGAAACGGGGGAGGAAGAGGAUGUUCCGAGCCAUUACUGCAAAGAAUGCGACCGGAGCUUCAGCUCGGGGAAGGCGCUGGGAGGGCACAUGAGCUCUGCGCAUGUUCAAGCUAACAAGGAGUACUCGAUGAGGAAGGCGAUGAGCUUCAAUUCCAACUCCAAAUCCAAAUCAUCGCCUGGAUCUCCUACUUGCUCGUGCAAUAUCUGCGGUAGGGUUUUCCAGUCGCAGAAAUCCCUCUUCGGCCACAUGCGGUGCCACCCCGAGCGGGAGUGGCGCGGGAUGGAGCCUCCGCGAGACGCCAAAUCGGAAUCCUCGGAAGAGCUAGGGUUUUUCAAGGCGAAGGCUUGGCCAACUUGCAAGAGGGGGCGGCCCUCGUUGGCGGCGGCGAUGGAAGAGGAGAAGGAGAAGGAGAAGGUGGAUGAGAUGGUCAAGGUGGCGGUGCAGGUGCUGGCCAGCGGGAAGAUGGAGAGGAAGUAUCGCUGCGAUACAUGUGGUAGGGUUUUCAAGAGCCACGAGGCGCUGGGAGGCCACCGGGCCAGCCACAACAAGUUCAUGAUGACCAUUAUCAACACCAGCACCCGCCAUCUCGAGCCCAAGAAUAUGCCAAAGGCCAAGAAGAAGAAGAUGAUGUUGAUUAAGCCUGAUUCUGUCACUAGUGAUCAUGUUGAUGGUGAUGGUGAUUCGGCCUCGGUCUUGGCCUCUACCAUCACCCCCACCUCAGCCUCCACCAUCACUCCUACCUUAGCCUCGGGCUUUGGCUUUGAUAUCGAUCUCAACAUGUCUCCACCCGGGGAGGAGGAGGAGGAGGAGGUCGAGGACAAGGGCAUGGAGGAGUCUUCGAAUGAUACCUCGUCUAGGCAGUAGCAGUCUGGUUAACUACUUCUAUUAUGUGUUUCUGUUUCUAGGUUUUGUUUUUGGUGUUAGUGAGAAGAGACAUAGCAAUUCAAGUUGCAUAGUUCCAGUUGAGGGUUAAUCCCCUUUCUUUCUUCUAACUCUACUCACUAAUAAUGCUACCAAUUUCAACUUUGUUGUUCCAGUGUAUUGCUUUCUCUUGAGAUAUAGGUACAUGCGUGAUCAUUUUGAGAUUA